AUGAUCAAUCAAUUAUAUUAUAUCUUUCUUUUUUGGUUCUCACUUUAUUGCUUCAUUACUUGCUCAGCUGCAGAUAUAAAAAAUAUUAGCACAGAUGAAUCUUCUCUUCUAGCAUUUAAGUCUCUCAUUACUUCAGAUCCACAUGGUAUGUUGGCUAAUAAUUGGUCAACUUCAUCAUCUGUAUGCAAUUGGGUUGGUAUCACUUGUGAUAAUAAACACAAUAGAGUCCACAGUUUGAAUCUCACAAACAUGGGUCUUAGAGGCACUCUUUCUCCAAAUUUAGGGAAUUUGUCGUUCUUAGUUAUACUUGAUCUCUCCAACAAUCGUUUUGGUGGUAUGUUUCCUAAUGAGGUAUGUAGGUUACGCAGACUAAAGGUUCUUGAUUUCGGCUUUAACGAUUUUGUUGGAGAAAUUCCUAUGGCAUUGGGAGAAUUAUCACAGCUUCAACAAUUAAAUCUCAGUAUUAACCAUUUCAGUGGUUUUAUCCCUCCAUCUUUAUGCAACUUGUCUAAGUUAGAGAACUUUAAUUUUGGAAAAAAUUCCUUGGAAGGAACCAUUCCACCUGUAAUAGGACAACUUGGUCGACUGAAACGAUUGAUUCUUACUUACAACAAGUUGUCGGGAUUCAUACCCAAAGAAAUCUCCAACAUAUCUUCACUUCAAGGAUUGUUUGUAGGUUCUAACUAUUUUUCAGGUCCAAUACCCGAGGAGAUUGGUUAUCUUGGUCAACUUGAGUAUUUAAUAUUGGCAUAUAACAACUUUAGUGGAUCUAUUCCUUCCAAUUUCCUUAACAAAUCAUCACUCACAAACUUGCAGAUUGAACAUAAUAGUCUCUCAGGUAUAAUUCCAUCUAAUAUGAACCUUCCUAGCAUAGUAACCAUACACUUGUAUCACAACAAUUUUGUUGGAAAUAUUCCAGCGAGUAUAUUCAACUUUUCUAACCUCAUUCAACUUGACUUGGGUGAGAAUGCAUUUAGUGGAACUUUGCCUAAUAAUGCCUUUGCAAAUUUAAGAUAUUUGAAAUAUCUAGUGUUAUCAAGCAAUCAUAUUCUACCGAAUCUUCCCAAGUCAAUUGGAAACAUAACUUCAGUAGCCUUUGUAGUAGAUUUUUGUGGAAUUUAUGGUAAUAUUCCCUUAGAAAUUGGAAACAUGAGCAAUUUGAUAGCUCUUUCUAUGGUUGGGAAUAAUAUAAAUGGCCCCAUACCUAGAACAUUAAAAGGGUUACAAAAACUUCAGAGAUUGGGAUUGAGCAACAAUGGUCUACAUGGAUCAUUUAUUGAUGAGCUUUGUGAAAUGAGGAGUUUAAUUGAGUUGUAUCUAUAUAAUACUAUGCUUUCUGGUGUUUUACCAACAUGUUUGGGAAACAUGACUUUUCUUGAACAUUUAGACUUAGGAUAUAACAACUUGAACUCUAAGAUACCUUCCUCUCUUUGGAGUCUCACAGAUAUCUUAGAGAUAAAUUUGACCACUAAUGCUUUCACUGGUAAUCUUCCACUUGAGAUUGGGAAUUUAAGAGCAAUUGUACUAUUAGAUAUAUCAAGAAAUCUAAUUUCAGGCAAUAUUCCUACAACCAUUACUUUCUUAAAAACAGUGGAAAAUAUAUCCUUAGCACAUAACAAUCUGCAAGGGUCAAUUCCUUCAUCACUUGGUGACAUGGUAGGCUUGAUCUCCUUGGACUUGUCCCAAAAUAUGCUCACUGGUGUUAUUCCAAAAUCUUUAACGUCACUUUUGUAUCUUCAAAAUAUCAACUUCUCAUAUAAUAGUUUACAAGGAGAGAUUCCCGAUGGUGGACUUUUCAAAACUUUAACAGCCCAAUCUUUUAUUCAUAAUGAAGCUCUUUGCGGAAAUCCUCGCCUACAAGUGCCUCUAUGUGCUAAACAAGUUAGGAAAAUUUCAAGGAAAAAAAAAUUAUUACUCAAAUGCACAAUUCCCUUAGUUUUGCUAACCGUUUUUGUUGUUGCAUGCAUAAUACUCAUAAAACAUAAAAGCAAAAAGGUUGAAAAUAAUCUUGAGAAAGGUUUAUCAACUUUAGGAGGUCAAAGAAGAAUUUCUUAUUAUGAACUUGUGCAAGCAACAAAUGGAUUCAAUGAGGGUAACUUACUUGGAAAGGGUGGAUUUGGCUCUGUGUAUCAGGGAAAACUUCUUGAUGAAUGUAAUUCAAUGAGAAAUCUACGACAUCGAAAUCUGGUUAAGAUUAUCAGCAGUUGUUCAAAUCUCGAUUUCAAAUCAUUGGUGAUGGAGUUCAUGUCAAAUGGAAGUGUAGACAAAUGGUUAUAUUCAUAUAACUAUUGCUUAAAUUUCUUGCAAAGGUUAAAUAUAAUGAUAGAUGUUGCAUCUGCAUUGGAAUACCUCCAUCAUGGUUCUCCAAUACCUGUGGUUCAUUGUGAUCUUAAGCCUACAAAUGUGUUGUUGGAUGAAAAUAUGGUUGCACAUGUUAGCGAUUUUGGUAUUGCAAAGCUCAUGGAUGAAGGACAAUCUAAAACUCAUACAAACACUUUGGCUACUAUUGGAUACCUUGCACCAGAGUAUGGAUCUGAGGGAAUUGUUUCUGUCAAAGGGGAUGUGUACAGCUAUGGGAUAAUGUUAAUGGAAAUCUUCACAAGAAGAAAACCUACAGAUGAUAUGUUUAUUGGAGAUCUAAGUUUGAAAACAUGGAUCGGUGAAUCACUGUCUGAUUCAAUUUUGGAGGUUUUGGAUUCUAAUUUAGUCCAACAAAAUGGAGAACAAAUGGAUGACAUAUUGACACACAUGUCAUCUAUUUUUGGUUUAGCCCUGAAUUGUUGUGAACAUUCACCUGGAGCAAGAAUCAAUAUGGCAGAUGUUAAAGCAACGCUAAUCAAAAUCAAGACUUUGAUUUUUGGAAGAAGUGCGAUCUAG